GCUGGCUUCGUGCUUUCAUCCUCUGGAACCAUGGCUGAAGUCUCUGAAGAACCUACUCUUUCUGAAUCUCUCGCACCGACUCCCACUGCACCUAUAAUCGAACCUGUAUCCUCUCCAGCACAAUCCGAGUCUGAGCCAGAUCCAACGACUCUUACCCCCAUCCGUGCACAUUAUCUCAAGAAGACGCUCAUCCAACUCCAGUUUCAACGCGAGCUUGAAGGCAUCGCAUCCACACCUUCUCCAAAUAUUUCCACCCUCUCGUAUCUUGGGCCACCGUUCACGCCUCCUCCUAAGGACGGUCCGAUCAUCGAGCUUCCCUUCCUCCGCUAUUUCUUUCGCCAAUUCGUCCUCACAUUUCCUUUUCUCGCCGGCGCACCGAAGGACUUCUUCCCAGAGAAGGUCCAGCCGUUCGUUGCCUCGCUCGUAGCCCGUAACCUGUAUCCUCUCGCCCCUCUCGACGACGACUCUGAAACAUCCGAUCAACCAAAGCAGCCCAAUAUCCUAGCCAAACUCGAACGCCACUUCUCUCUCUUCGUCAAUUACGCACUCAAGCUCUCCGAGCCCGAGCAGGUCGUCCGUCUCAAGCAGUCAGAUCUCGACCGUAUAGAGCUUCUUGCGCGGAAACGCGCUAGGAGAAUAGGAAAGCUGCACGAUGUGUUCGAGGUGAACGUAGUCUGCGUCAGGACGGUGGUCGAAAAGGGGCGGAUGCGGAGCCGCGUGCAUGAGGAAUUCAUCAUCCGUACCCGUCGCGCCCGCCAACCAGACGUCUUCGUCUCACGCCGGUAUGGCGAUUUCAGGACACUAGCUGACGAGUUACGGAAGGUACACCCAGAAGAGAAUAUCCGUCCACCCCCAGUGAAGGAUCGCACGUUUGUCAAUGCCCCUGCCGCCUCACAGCCCCUCAGCCCCUCUCCCAGUCGUCCAUCCGAUGAGAUCCCAUUCAGUCCUAGCUCGGAUUCCCUGCCUCAGUCGCCUACGAACGCGCUGUCUCAGUCCAGUCGGCUUACAAGGGAAAAGAAUCGGCUUACGCUGCGAGCGUACCUCCAUUCGCUCAUGUCAUCGUCUACAAUCGCAUCGUCUCCUGUGCUCCAGUCAUUUUUGCUCUCGGGCCCUACUAUGCUCAGCCACGAGGAGUUGGUGGAUGCGCAGCGGAGGGAGGAGGCGGAUCGGGUCAGGGAUGAUGGGAGGAAACAUUUCGCAAAGGAGGUUGCGGAACGCGUUGAUUCAUUACGAGAGUCGGUCAAGGGCGUCAAGGGCGACAUCAUGGGACAAGAUGGCUUGACGCGGAUGUUUGGGAUAAUAAAGUCGACGGAAGAUGUGCGCGAUCUUCCUCCAGAUUUCCAGGCAGUGCUCGAGUGGGCCCGAAUAUCGUUGGCUUCUACCGUCUUUCAACAUUUUGUAGCCGCAGACGACGCCUCGGAGACUUUGGCUGGUCUCAAGCGCAUUCAUGGACUCAUGCCGUACUUCAUGCUCAAGACCGCUUUGAAGAUUAGUAACCCUGUCGGCAUGAUCAGGACUGUAUUGGACUUAUUCCUAGCUCAACCGUUCGGUGGCCGGAGUUUACUCCAACGAAUGUUCACGAGCUCACUGAACGAAGAGGUCAAAGCUCUCGAGAUGGACAUCGAAGCCGUACAGGAGAAAGUCGAAGAUGCCAUCAUCUGCGAGAAAGUCCGACAAUACGUCUACGCACCUCGGGAGAUCCAGGAAAUCUACAAGUUCGACGCUGCCGAGGGCAAGAUCCAUGUUCUUGCCGCCGUUCUUCGUUCUGGUGAAGAGCCGGCACUCAACCGGGCUCAGAUGCAACGCGUAGGACGGUCUCAUAGAGCGCAUAGGGAGUAUUUGAGGUAUCGAGAGUCGCUUGCGGAUUCGGAUGACGACGAUGGGCCUCCGGACGAGGAUGCCUGGCUGUUCGAGGAUCUUAGUAUUCUUGCGAAGUUGUAUGCUCGGCUGAGAGAGAAGGAACAGCUUAUCGAGCUCAUGUUCGAGGGAGUGACGUCGGAUAUUCUCAAGGAUAUCAUCACGAUUUUUUAUGCGCCGCUUGCGCAGGUAUAUCGCGCCGCUAGUAUUGCAGAUUCAUUAGGCGAUAUGCAGAACUUCAUCAACGAUCUCAUUCGGACCGUCGAGUCUGCCGAAGACAUCAGCCAAGUCGACCCGCAACGGACCGUGCAGACGUUCAUCGACCUCAUCCAACGGCACGAACAGUCCUUCUACCACUUCGUGCACAAAGUGCACUCCAAAGGCGAAAACCUCUUCAACGACCUCAUGCGCUGGGUCGAGCUCUUCCUCACCGUCAUCCGCGAAGGCCUCGGCUCUCCGAUCUCGCUCGAAUUUCUACUCCCGCACGCGGGCGACGAGCGCAAGGCGAUCCUGGCCGAGGUGGACACCGUGGCGCUGUAUCAUUACAAGUCGAAGCUGGCGUACGAGAGCAAGAUACGGAGGAGGUUCGAGAAUUCGAGGGGGGGUGCGGCGCAGGAAGCGAGCGCGGAGGACGAGGCGGCGCAGGCGUUUGUGCAGGGUUUCAUACAGGACUUUAGUAUGGGGGAGUUGAUGCGUGGGGAUGCGGAGGAUGUGGCGGCGGAGGAGACGGAUGAGGAUAGUUAUGAGAGUUCGGAGUAUGAGUCUGCGACAGACGAUAGCGACGAGGAGGACGACGAUGACGACGAUGAUGAUGAGGAGGAGGAGAGCGAAGAGGCACCGAGGGGGAUGACAAGAUCGAGGACUAUGGUGCAUACUACGAGAACCCCAUCGCAGCCGCCUAUGCCCAUGACCGCCCCCGCUUCAUCGACAUCGACACCCGGUUCUAGACCAUCCCGUCCCCCACCACAAUCACAGCAAUCGGGAUCAUCAUCAUCCAGACAAGAAUCUCUAUCACGGAAAAGCUCCCGACCGAGAUUACUCUCCCUCCCACUACGCAAAUCCCGCUCCAUGACUUUCUCCGCCAACGGUCAUUCCGGGGGCUCGUCACCUUCAGGCGUGGUGAGGCACAGUGUCGAUGUGCCACCGCCUGUCCCACCGCUGCCGAAAGACGCGAUGCGACUGGCGCGUAUGAAUUCCAUGUCGAUGAACGCAGACAAACCGCUCCCUCCGCCGCCGACACCACCCGGGUCGUCCAAACUAUCCGAUCCGAACAAUAAUCACCGUUUUCCACCGCCGAAGGCGCCUUCUCCUCAGAGCAGUAAUAACAAUAACGGUGGUAGUAGGCAGAGGAGAGGGUCUGUAUCGGCUUCGGUGGCGAGUUCGAAGAGGCCGGCGAGUGCGAAUAAGGGGAAGAAACAGAAGCAGAGGCAGAGGCAGCAGCAGGAUGCGUUGAAGCCUCCGGAGCUGAAGAAGGUGCCGGAGCUGUUGCCUAUCUUUUUGGAGAUGAUGAGGCCACAAUUACGAGUUCGAAGUAAAUGAAGAUCGACCGUUCUACAGCAGACCAAUACUGUUCACAUUACUACGAAACGUUUCCAGUCAGGUUGGAGUCCAGGUACUCGGUUGGACCGUUGUAUUUUACCUUAUGUUUGCCACGAUAUAUGUAUGCCUCGCACAGAAUUAAUAUGCCCACGUUCUGCCGUAUGUUGCUAUUUCCUAGCUACUACGCCCUGGUACUACCAGAUUCUCGUGCGUUUAUCUUAUGCUAUUUCG